ACUGUCUUUACCAAAUUCGUCUGCUCUAAGCGUUUCAGUUUUAGUUCGUUUGACAGUUGAAGAAGCAAUCGAUAGCAUUUCAUUCAACUAAAAAAUGUCCCCGAAAAUCAUCCUACUUCUUCUUGUGUGCAUUGUAGUUGUGGUAUUGGCUAAAGAGAAUAAAUCAAAAAAACUCCAAAUUGGUAUCAAGAAACGCGUUGACAACUGUACCGUCAAGUCCAAGCGAGGGGAUCUUCUCCACAUGCAUUAUACGGGCACACUGGAGGAUGGAACUGAAUUUGACAGCAGCAUUCCUAGAGGUCAACCUCUGACAUUCACCCUAGGUUCUGGACAAGUGAUAAAAGGAUGGGAUCAAGGGUUAAUGGGGAUGUGUGAAGGAGAAAAAAGAAAGCUUGUUAUUCCAUCUGAAUUAGGUUAUGGAGCUUCUGGAGCUCCACCAAAAAUUCCUGGUGAUGCAACCCUAAUAUUUAAUGUAGAACUACUGAAGAUUGAAAGACGUGAUGAUCUGUGAGGCUCACCAAAUAAACCUUUGAUUUACA